GAGCUAGAGUAGCUGAAACCAAACCAAACCCCCAAAAUAUCACCGACGACGACGAAGAAGAAGGCCGGUAUGAGCUAGGCGAUCCGAAGCCGAAGAAGCCCUAGUCCACGUCAUCCUUUUCCCCUAGGGCUUUAGUGAUUCCGAUUUCGAUUAAAUUAGGUUUCGAUUUGAGCAUGUUGGGGUGAGAAUCGGAGAAGAAGAAGGAAGAGAUGUAUAGGGAGCGAGGUUCGGGUGGGUCGAAGAUGACGGAGGCGGCGGCGGUUGAUCGGAAGCGGAUCAACGAGGCGUUGGAUAAGCAUCUGGAGCGAUCGUCGCCGUCGACUUCUAGGGCGGCAAUCAACGGCAAGGAGAACAGUGGUAGUAACAAGCCUCUUAUCAUGGGGGGUAAGAGUCUUCUUCAAUCUGAUCAUAGAGAGACUCGCUCUGCAUCUCUAUCCAAAACCAAUAUCUCUCAUGAGGAAUCUGAAACAGAUAGCGAAGAGUCAGAUGUUAGUGGUUCAGAUGGGGAUGACACAUCUUGGAUAUCAUGGUUUUGCAAUUUGAGAGGAAAUGAGUUUUUUUGUGAAGUUGAUGAUGAUUAUAUACAAGAUGAUUUCAACCUUUGUGGGCUAAGCAGCCAAGUUCCCUAUUAUGAUUAUGCACUUGAUUUGAUCUUGGAUGUUGAGUCAUCUCAUGGUGAUAUGUUCACGGAAGAACAAAAUGAAUUAAUUGAAUCAGCAGCAGAGAUGCUCUAUGGUCUGAUUCAUGUACGGUAUAUUUUGACAAGCAAAGGCAUGGCUGCCAUGCUAGAUAAAUACAAGAACUAUGAUUUCGGAAGAUGCCCAAGAGUGUACUGCUGCGGACAACCCUGCCUUCCAGUUGGCCAAUCGGACAUCCCACGGUCAAGCACUGUAAAAAUAUACUGCCCCAAGUGUGAAGAUAUCUACUACCCUCGAUCGAAGUAUCAAGGUAGUAUCCUUUGUAUUUAUUUUCUGGAUUUCAAACUGCUGGCUGCAUAUAAGCAGCUGGUAUGCCAAGAUUCUGCUCACAUAAUGCUUUAUAUACUGCUGCAUUUUUUUGUUCUGGUCAUCAUCCAUAGUUCUGUUAGGCUAGGCUAGAAGGUUUUUACUUUUUUCCCCUUCUUUUGUUUUAACUUGGACUGGCGGUGCAUUUUAGUUUUUACUUGCUCAAGUAGCAGCACUAAGUAGCCAAAAAUUGAUUGAAAGAUUGCAUUAAGUUGCCCCCUUAUUUAAUAAUUGGCGAUCAACCCUGGACCAAACCUACCAUCAUACAGUCUGAUACAUAGGUUUUGUUGUUAAAUGGAUGUAGCUUGGUAACUGGUCCACCCUUUCUUUCUUAAUUAUUUACAUGUAUAUGUCUUUUUAAAUGGUAAAUGAAAGAACUUGAACUUUUUGUCAAUUCAUUUCAUCUUUGCAUGGAUUCCGGUGAUAUUAAAAGACACGAAUACUUUUCUGUCUGGUUUAGAAGCUUGGUUUUAUUCUAUUGGUCGUUGUCGCAGCAAUAUAGUACUAAGACUUCUGUAGUCAUUUUCAAUUUUUAUAUGCAAAUUUGAUUUUUGACUUUGUUAAGAGCAUGAAACUUGAUGCAUACUUGGGUAGUACUUGGGUAGUACCUUGCCUAUACAAUCAUGACAUGCUUUAUGAUUAUUACAUCAUUGGCUUUUGACUCGUUUUCGGGGUCCCAACACAAUGCUCCGAGUUUUGCUAGCAUUAAUUCCUGAACUACUUAACUCUAUUAGACAUUGAUGGAGCGUAUUUCGGAAGUACAUUUCCUCACCUGUUCUUGAUGACAUACGGGCACCUGAAGCCACAGAAGCCAUCACAGAGCUAUGUUCCAAGAGUGUUCGGCUUCAAGCUUCACAAGCCAUGAUGCCAAAAUUUCAAGCUUCAUCUGGGGUCCAUACACGACUUCCUUCCCUCUGUCAACAAGGCUCUUGAGAGAUUUCAGGGCAGUGUUACUCGGAUAUAAAUUUUUCCUUUCAUGUGUUCUCGAUCCACUAUCAAUCAAUUUGCAGCCAUUCCAAGCUUCAUUUUCCAUUUUAAGCUGCCUCUUGGUGAGCUUUUA